AAAUAAGAAAAUGUGAUGUAUUUUUAUUGAAGCCUGUGUUCCUAUGAGUGUUAUCAAAGGGCAUCCCGAUCCCGAUCGAGUACUGCUAUUCGCACCUGUGUGCAUUUAAUCAUAAAAUAAAUCUGAAUAGCAAUCUGGGCUAGUGCUAACGAUAGCAUCGACACAAACAAACAAACACACACACACUCACCUAGAUAGUUCUCUCGGUGCUUGUCGCCCUUCACGUCGUCCCAGUUGAACUGGUCCUGGCCUCCACGCACGCCGCCGGACCGCGACGCCCCGAACAUCUUGGCGGUUCUCCGGGCUUCUCUCUCUCUCAGGGACCGCGGUGGUGUAGCGGUGCUAGCCGGCUAUAGGUUCACUCGAGCGGUGGUGAUCACUAGGCCCACGGGUCGCUCAUCCGGGGAGUUUCCCCCACCGUCGUCACUCGGCGCUUUUCGGGAUGCGUAGGGCGGAUUGUUUACUUUAUUGAUCACUGGCACUAGAGUGUGUGCUGUUUCUACACUUCUACUUACCGACUGUCACAGGUCGUUUCGUUUAAGAUAAUGUACGCGACGGAGGCGGACGGGUGAGGCUGAUUUUAACGUCCCGUGUCUGCACCUUUCUUUACAUAUUACGGGAGUUGCGUGCUUUAUGCACCUUGUGUUUUAACCAGAAUCUGGAGUCUUAAUAGAUAAACGAGUGUAACUCUAAAAAGGGUGUGUCGGUGAUGCGACCCCCGCCAAUUUAAUGUAUCCGACGCUGCGGCCCAUGAUGAUGACGUGAGAUCAUCAUGUGCUGCGGGCCGCUCUCUCGCCGGGCUCUCCGGUGAUCUCGCUCCUCUCACAACUAAAGCUCCCAGAGGAGAGAAAGGUCCACCGGGUAUACUGUCUACUCGGAUUUAAGCUGUCGCUGAUGUACAUGAGAAAUUUCUCCAGACUCUUUUCAGGUAUGAAGGCGUUGUGUCGUUUUGCUCCCCUCCGCUGGGGGUCGGUUCUCACCCCGCUCGCGAUCAGCGGUCCCUGCUUUGAGCUGCGGUGACUAGAGAUGGGAUGAUGAGGGUUGAAGAUUAUGAUUAUUGUCGAUGCUGUUUGGGACUUAAUCCCAGCUCCGUCAGGGUUGUUGUGUUGCUUUGUGGUUAAUCGAGAAUGUAAGCAUUAAAUGUGAGGUGAUUUAACUUGGUUAUGGCAUACGAGGCUGAGUUUAGUCUCGCAAAGCCAGACCAAACUAGGUUGAGUUUGACAUAGGCAGGAUAAUGAAAAGAAAAUAGCAACCUGUAUGCACAUAUACUAUAGUCUAUGUGGAUACCUAAAUUAAAUAAACUACGUUUAAAUAUGGCCUGCCGACAUUAUUGGCUUAUUUUCUCCAGAUAUUUGUAAUCUCAAUGUAAUUGAUUUCCAUGAAAGAAGUUACGGCCCAGUUAACAUAUGCUGAAGUGUCACAAGGGUUUGAACAUGGGGUUACAUGGUUAAUUGAAACCCACUCGUUCCAUCGCAUGCUCCUGAUUUCCGUCUCAGUUUCAUUGGAGAAGCUCCUGCACUAUAAUUGCAUGUACUCCUUUACAUUCUUCUAUGUCGAUAUUUGUUGCAAUGCUGCACACGACAUUUGAUUGGAAGGCCUAUUUGGAUUAUAACUUAUCAAAAUGGGUAUUUGUUUUAUUAUACAGUGUUCAGUCCAUGAAUGUCUACACUACAGCAUAGGGGUAAUUGAAUCAGUAAACACAAGGGGUCAGAAACCCAUGGCCUUUCAGAGCAAAAGAGUUACUUGACUUUUGCAGUGAUUGAAUCUGGCUGAAAUAAAUCAGGAUCCUCCAUCAGUCGAUCAUAAACAGCCAGUAUAGAUAACAGGACAUCAGCCUAAUCGGUCACGUCUAUGGAAUGAAUUAAUAAAUUAUUAUCUUCCACAAAAAGGUGGGAUUAUAAUUAUAUAAACUCUUCUUUGGCUCUUUCAACAACCAUUUCAAUGAGUAACAUGUUGUAUGGCUUUUCAAACUGAAUACCAACACCUGGUACAGACCCUGAGAACAGCUCCACCGAGCAAGCCCAAUGGCUUAAUUUAGCCUUCUGUUUGACAGGCAAUUUCUGUUAAGGUCAUCGUUAUAAAAUUGCAGUAGAUAACAGAUUCCAGAUUGUGCUCGACAUCAGAAGCGAUAAUUAAGAUAAGAUUAUACAAUGUUAACCCAUUUCCUGGUGUUGAGGUUAGCAGCCUCCUACUUUCUUAUUCGCUGGCCUCAUUACUCUGCCUCUCCACAAUGGACGCACACAAUGCACCUGGUCUAGGCAGAGUACAGGUACCGAGCUAUGGCUGGACCGAGGCCUGUGGUGCUGAGCGGACCGUCGGGGGCGGGCAAGAGCACGCUGCUCAAGAAGCUCAUGAAGGAGUACGACGGCGUCUUCGGAUUCAGCGUCUCCCAUACCACAAGACAGCCACGUCCUGGUGAAGAGAAUGGCAAAGACUACCAUUACGUCACGAAGGACGCCAUGCAGACGGCCGUCGCCGACGGCGAGUUCAUCGAGAGCGCCGUGUUCUCGGGGAACAUGUACGGCACGAGCAAGGCGUCGGUGCAGGCGGUCCGCGCCAAGAACCUCAUCUGCAUCCUGGACAUCGACAUGCAGGGCGUGCGCAACAUCAAGAAGACGGACCUCAACGCCAUCUACGUGUCCAUCCAGGCGCCGUCCAUGGACAUCCUGGAGAAGCGUCUGAGGGACAGAAAGACCGAGUCAGAGGAGAGUCUGCAGAAGCGGUUGCAGGCAGCUCGCGUCGAGGUGGAGUUCAGUAAAGAAGAGGGUAUGUUCGACGUCUGCAUCGUCAACGACGUCUUGGAGGACGCCUAUGGGAAGCUGAAGGACGUUCUGCUGGAGGAAAUAAACCAAGUGAAGAAAACCGGCAUGACUUUGUAAAGAAACGCUGGAAUACGGACACUUGGAAGGUGCUGCCCGUCACUCCUCUCUCCC